AUCAGAGUCAGUCAGUCAGUCAGUCCGUCCGUCCGUCACGACUCUCCCUCAGCCUCCCUCCUUACCCUCUCCUCCAUUGCGAUCGACACCCUUCCAUUUGGUUACUGCUUUACCUCUUUUGUCUGCAGCCCAUUCGCCCUGUCUUUUUGGUUCGGGUCACUUUUGUUCAUCCCAUUCGUUCUUUUCUUUCCGUAUCUACGCAACACGACAAACCCUGACGCGCAACACGCAUCUGCCUGCCUUGCCUUUCCCUCACUUUCCAAGUGUCUGCAGCGGAACGAAAAUCUCCGACAACAGUCGCACAUACAUUUCACCUUUCCAAGAGAAUAAAUAUAUACAGCACGGAACUGAAUCAUGUCCGACGACGAGGACUAUUACGAUGAGUACGACGAGGAUAUCUUCUGGGUGGAAGAGCCCGAUCCCACCAUUGCGGACGACCUAGCCGCAACCGCCACGACGGACGCCAUCUUCUACGAAGACCCCGCUCUUGAAGUCGAAGACUACUUCUCCGACUGGGACGAUCUCUCAGACGACUACUACGACGAGGACCCCACCGCCGUGCGCCGCGCCCGCGCCUUGGGACUGUUAUCCAAACAUCACCAUCACCAUCACCAUCACCAUCAUCACCACCAGCACCACCAGCAUCCCGCGACGAAACGGCACCGCGCGAACAGCAAACCCACCCCGUUCUUUGAUCUAGCUGCUUUCCAGAGUGUCGUGUGGAAGAACCCAAAGCAUGAUGUUGAGGAGAUCGUUGCGCUGCAUGAGCCCGGCGAGGGAGAGAAGGUCGCGCUGCUGAAGAAUUGGAGGGAGGUGUUUCGGAGUGCGAAUCCCAGGGCUGCUGCUGUCGCUAACGCUGCGGGGAGAAAGAGUGCGCAGCAGCAACAACAGGGGCUGUGUUUGAGGGGGAGUAGUGUCGGGGUGGAGGGGAGGAAUGGCGAGAGUAAGAGGGAGGAGAAUUCUGCUAUUGUGGUUGAUGGGGCUGGUAAUGGGAAGGGCGUUGGGAAAGGGCAGAUGGUUAAUGGAGACGGAUUUGUCGCGGCGGGGUUGGUGAUUGAUGCUGGCUCUGUUGAUGAGAGGGUGGCGCUUGAUGAGGCUGAGCUUGAGGCUACGGCUGCUACGAAUGCUGUGGAGGUGGACGGCGAGUCUCAUGAGGCCGGUGAUGGGUCCUCGCUCGAUGAGUCCAGAGACCCGGUUGAGAAACCGACGGUCCUGAGGACCAGGAAGCGUAAGGCCGAUGAUGCGGUGGAGGACGCUCCGGAAACCGCAGCCAAGACCAGAGCGAAGAGGGUUGCCUCUGCGAAAGUGGGCAAGGCUAAUAUUACAGAUGUCCCUGCUGCGACCUCGGGCCCUGUGCGGAGGUCAGCCAGGAAUAAAUAACGGAGCGCGAUCAUUCCGAAUGCGCGUUACGAUGUUAUGAACUUCUUUUGUUUCUCUGUGUGUGUUGUUUAUCCAAUUUAUUAACUGCAUAUAAUUAAUCCACU